AUGAGUAAUUAUACUGAAUUAUCUGUGUUUGAUAAUAUUGACAACAAUAACAGCAAUAGUAACUACAGUAAUAGUAGUGAAGUUAAAAAUUUAGAUACAAGCAAUCGGGACGAAAAUCUGGCCAUAAUGGAAGUCAUUGUUUUGGCCAUCAUUUUUGUAUUGAUUAUUGUGGGCAACAUUUGUGUUUUAAUAGCACUGGCCGUUCGUCGGUUCAAAAUGACUCGUAUGUACUAUUUUUUACUACAUUUAGUCAUAUCGGACAUUAUGACCGGCUGUUUUACGGUAAUGCCUCAGCUGGCCUGGGAUAUCACCCAUCGAUUCAAUGGUGGUAACAUACUGUGCAAAAGUGUGAAAUUCAUGCAACUAUUUGGUCCAUAUUUGUCAUCGUAUGUAUUGGUUGUGACAGCAAUUGACAGAUAUCAAGCCAUCUGUUAUCCAUUGUCUAACUGUAAGUGGACUUCACGUAAGUCCAAACUGAUGAUAACCAUUGCGUGGAUGAUUUCCAUACUAUGUUCAGCUCCCCAGGCGUUCAUAUUCUCCUAUCAGGAGAUUCCCGGAAAUGUCGGUGUAUACGACUGUUGGGCUACAUUUUCUGUACUACCGGCGCCGUGGGGCGAACGUAUAUACGUAACCUGGUAUACAGUGACAGUGUUUUUCAUACCACUCAUCAUUAUUACCUAUACCUAUGUCUAUAUAUGCUAUGAAGUGUGGAGUAAUGUUCGCCAUAAACGGCAAACUUUGAAACCAGAGAUCAGUUUUAUUGAAAUGAGAAAGACAUGGAUGAGAAACGAAACUCAAGGCAAACACGACGAUAGUUGUGACAGUACUACUGAUAAUAGUUUUUCUGCUGAUGACAGCAAUAGCUAUAAAGUGUCGGCAAAUGUCUCAUUAAAUCCGAGAACUCAUUCAAUAUAUCGUUUAUCAAAAGCUAAGAUCAAGACUGUAAAAGUUACUGUAGUUGUGGUCAUCUGCUAUAUUGUGUGCUCCAGUCCUUUCAUUUGUGUACAGGUUUGGGCUAAUUGGUGGCCGGGAGCUCAACAAACGGACUUUUGGAGAGGGAAAAUUGUCACAAUAGUGAUGCUAUUGUCGAGUUUGAACAGUACUGUCAAUCCAUGGAUUUAUUUAUUAUUCAAUCCAAACCUAAUGAAAGCGUUGCAAAACUUUUGUUGUUGUGGCCGACAACCAACUGGCCAUCGAUUGAGGACAGGUAGAGCAGGCAGUCGAGUAAAUAGUACAAUAAAUACCAAAUUGGACAGUGAUUUUACACGUGUAACUUAA